AUGUGCACAAACAUGAGAGCCCUGGAGCUGAAAACCAAAGGAUUUACGGUGAAGUCAACAAUGAAGAACUCCAUGGCAAUUGGACCGCCGGCAGUGGGGGUCUUCCGGGAGAGGCCGGCCAAGCCCACUGCGUUUUGCAAGUUCUACGAGCGAGGAGACUUCCCCAUCGCUCUGGAGCAUAACACCAAGGGAAACCAAAUCGCAUGGAAGGUGCAGAUGGAGAAACUUGACUACCACCAUUACCUGUCUCUGUUCUUCGACGGACUGUGUGAGACGGUGCACCCCUACGACUUCUUUACCCGCCUGGAGGUCCACGACAUGCUGGAGCACGGGGACAGCGAGAUCCUGCCAGUCAUCCCCCAACUCAUCAUCUCCAUCAAGAAUGCCCUGAACACACGGAAGAGGCAGGUGAUCUGCACCAUGUUGAAGAUGCUGCAGCACCUGGUGGUGUCUGAAGACAUGGGAGAGGCCCUGGUGUCCUACUACAGACAGAUCCUAGCUAUCCUCAUCAUCUUCAAGAACAUGAACAUCAACUCGGGGGACGGCCUUGACUACAGCCAGCAGAAGAGGGAGAACAUCAGAGAGCUGAUCCAGGAGACCCUGGAGGUGUUUGAGCGCUGAGUGGGCGAGGACGCUUUUAUCAACAUUAAAUACUUGGUGCCCACCUACGAGUCCUGCAUGCUCAACUGAAUGGAUGGACACAGUUGCAACCACCCAACAUCAUUAACUCACUCUCAACCCUUCAACCACCCAACAUCAUUAACUCACUCUCAACCCUUCAACCACCUAACAUCAUUAAAUCACCCUUCAACCCUCAACCACCCAUCAUCAUUAACUCACCCUCAACCCUUCAACCACUCUACAUCAUUAACUCACCCUUAUCCCUUCAACCACCCAACAUCAUUAACUCACCCUCAACCACCUAACAUCGUUAACACACCCUCAAGCCUUAAACCACCCAACAUCGUUAACUCACCGUCAACCCUUCAACCACCUAACAUCAUUAAUUCACCUCAACCCUUAAACCACCCAACAUCAUUAAAUCACCCUUCAACCACCUAACAUCAUUAACUCACCCUCAACCACCCAACAUCGUUAACUCACCCUCAACCCUUAAACCACCCAACAUCAUUAAAUCACCCUUCAACCACCUAACAUCAUUAUCUCACCCUCAACCCUUCAACAACUUAACAUCAUUAAUUCACCCCUCAACCACCCAACAUCAUUAACUCACCCUCAACCACCCAACAUCGUUAACUCACCCUCAACCCUUCAAUCACCCAACAUAAUUAAAUCACCCUUCAACCAACCAAUAUCGUUAACUCACCCUCAACCACCCAACAUCGUUAACUCACUCUCAAGCCUUCAAUCAC